AUGGAGCAAAAAGCUAGUGGUGUACGGUCAGAGUCCUCUGAUUUCAUUCCAUAUACAAGAAAACAACUUCUGGAGAGUAAUCUUUACCAAGGCCCAGGAGAUGCAGAUGUGACAUCAGAUUAUGACGAGGAAGAAUGUUUGUCUUCGGAAGAAGAGAUUCCAACUCUGGAUAAAGAUCGGAUAUUGAUUCCAGAAUCAUCUCCCGAGUGGCAGCAGAAGGGCGCAGCUCAAAUUCUGGAGAAAGUGAGAGCCGCGGAUGGAACUUCAGUGACCAGGGUUGUUAGGAAAUCUAUCAAAGAUUUUAAACUAGGAAAAGAGUUAGGUGAAGGAUCCUACUCGACCGUGGUACUGGGAUCAGAUCUGUCCACGGGACGUGACUACGCGAUCAAGAUAUUGAAUAAAAGACACAUAAUCAAGGAAAAGAAAGUCAAGUAUGUCAAUAUCGAAAAGAAUGCCCUUAAUAGAUUGGGAAAAGGCCAUGGAAUUAUUCAUUUGUUUUAUACCUUUCAAGACGAGCAAAAUCUUUACUUUGUUCUGGAUUACGCCCCAAACGGAGAGCUUUUGUCCUUGAUUAAGAAGCACGGUACUAUGGAUGAGGAAUCUGUUAGGUAUUACUCUACUCAACUAGUUGAUGCAAUUGAUUAUAUGCAUAGAAACGGCGUUAUUCACCGAGAUAUCAAACCAGAAAACAUCUUGCUAAAUGCUGACAUGAAAAUCAAAAUCACGGAUUUCGGAACGGCUAGAAUUUUGGAUCCGAAUGACAAUGGGGUCUAUCCUUCAGACGUGAGAGCUAACUCUUUUGUGGGCACUGCUGAAUAUGUUUCUCCAGAAUUGCUGAAUGACAAAUACUGCGGCAAGGCUGCAGAUGUUUGGGCUUUGGGCUGCAUUAUAUACCAAAUGAUCGCCGGAAAACCACCUUUCAAAGCAACCAACGAGUACCUCACAUUUCAAAAAGUGCUCAAGCUUCAAUACGCUUUCAGUGCUGGAUUCCCAAUGGUGAUCAGAGACCUGGUAAAACGCAUUCUGGUAUUGAAGCCAAAGGACAGAAUUACAAUCCAAGAAAUAAAGAAACACUACUUCUUCAAGGAUGUUGACUGGGAUGACAUGCACUCAAUUUGGUCAAUGCCUCCACCAGAGCUUGGUCCCUACAAAAUGUCCGCAAAGUCAAUGCUUCCCGUUCCCGAACUGAACAGAAGCACACAAAGCUUGUCUCCAGCGGGGACCAAACGGAUCGGUAGUGCUGGAAGUAGAAGUGCCUCAACUACCAAUAUCUUGAACUCCAAUAAUCUGGUUUCUAGUGCCGCUUCAACUCCUACGAGCACGAAUGGAACCAUAUUCGGUUUACCAAACCCUAUGGAACCAAAAAAGACAAAUUCAUCACCUGUCUUGCCAACAGAGAAAACGUUGCACAAUCCCCUGUCCACCGCAGCUGCCGUUGCCACGACUAAAAGACUGGUUUCAGAACCUAUUAAAAUUCCAUAUCUCGGAGGUCCCAAUCAAUCUCACGGAAGAACGGGUCGUUUCGAGGCAUCAAAGGCUAAUAGUAAUCUUCAAUAUUCAAAUUUAGGAUCCAAACAGAACUCGACAUUAUACAACGGCGGAUCUGCUCAGGAAAUCACUACUGGUAGGCCAUCGCCUAAUUUGGAAGCACCUCCUGCCUUCAAAUCAGCCGGUUUGACUGGUUCUUCUCCAUCUUCAACUCUAUCGAGUGUUUCGAUCCAACAAAAACAAACUUCGACGCAGAACGUUGACGUGAUCCCAGGUACGAACAUCCCGAGACCCGUUCUCAAUACUCGCAUAAACGCGUCCAAUAGCUUUCGCAAGACCACUGGAGCUUCGGGAUCGAGAUCCAAGCAGCCUUUUAUCAAUGGCGUCAAUUCAGAAGAUAUCCCCCCUAUGUCUGUCCUUGACCUCACUUGGGUCAACUUUUUAAUUCAUCCUGACGAAAGGGUAUUGAAAGCGGGUAUUGUGCAAGUGAGCAAGUAUACGACAGAGUCAUUUGAAAAAAAAUAUAAAGGAAUGCUAGCAGAAUCACCGUUGGGCUACAAGAACAAAGAGCUACUGAACUCCUCGAAUCCUGGAAUGCUAGGGCAGGCUUCCUCGUUUAGAAAGAAGUCGGCCGCAUCCCUCCAAAGUUCAGACAAUGCAAUUACAUUCAUUGAGCACGAGACAACAGAGAAUCAUGAAGAAGAGGAUUCAUCGAAAGAUGUUCCUUCCGAAAGAAUGACCAAGCUGAAAAACUUGUUUCAUAAGACUUCAACGGAUCCGGUAGCAAAACAACGAACUUUGGUCAUUACCACCUUUGGCCGGGCAAUGUUAUUUGUGGAGAAUCAUGAUCGCAAUAAAGAAAAGUAUCAGUGCGUCAGUGAGAUUGACCUCAUCAAUUCCUCCGUGCAUUUUAGAGAAGUAAUAGGGGAUCGAAGAUCUAAAAAUGCUUCAUCGGGUAUUUUCGCCAUUGUUUCCAAUAAUGUGAGUCUGGCUUUUGAAGUAGACAAGCAAGAUCUUUCUGCUUGGACCAACUCACUAGCUAAAUCCAGGUUUAUGGAACAGGAACGACACAUUCGCAUGCUUAUUGAAAACGAUCCCGCAGGCGACACGGGUAUGGCUACGGGAAACCAAGCCGCCUCUCGUGCAGCUAAUAUGGCAAUGUCGUCUCCGGUUGAAACCUCUCCCAGAAAUUCUGCUGAGCUGCCGUCAACAUCCUCUCAUUCAGAUGAAGGUCCUCGAGAUGUACGGCUAAGCAUGGAAUCAGGUCGCAACACUGCAGGUUCACCAAUAGUACAACCAGCAAGCAAAGCCGGAAGGAAACCUCCACCAGUGGGAGGCCAGUUUCCGACAUCUAUGAGGCCCGAUACGGAAUCCAAUUCUAGUAAGUCACCAAACCAGCAGCGUCCGGAUCCAGGAACUCGGAAAGUGUUGUAUGAGAAUUCUCCCAUGAUAUCGGCAGCUAUCAGCAGGGCACUGAAAAAUACAACUAUCUCCUCUGACAGUGAUCACAACGGGCUAUCAAACACUCGAAACUCGAGCUUUACACAUAAGUCUGCUAGCUUGGCGGCCAAGACUGGCAACACGGGCGGCAACAAUCACGGCUCAAGUCCACGUUUGGUGACAUCCAUGAAUUCCAAACUUCUAGCACGGACUACCCGAAAGAAACGUUAA